AUUUGUGCUCGUCUGGAACCUUUAUAGUGGCAAAGUUCCACUCUUAAGUUCAAUAGUGAAAGAAAUAUCUAAUUUUGAUAAAUAAAUAUGGAAAAUAAACAAAAAUUUCUGGCAGUAGACAGUAAAGCUUUUGAAGGAGAUGCAGAAAACGAAAAGAAAAAAUCCUGGAGUGAAGGAGACCUCGUCCUCUCAGAAGUGGGGCCUCCGCCGCCGCGCCGUGCCACCAUCGCCGACGAGCUCAGGGAUAAAGGGUACGCAUGGCUAGUUGUGGCAGUGAUGUUCAUAUUGAACGUCAUCACCGCCGGAUACAUGAAGAGCUUUGGCGUCAUCUACAACGCCAUCGAGAUCGCAUACCCCCACACAUCCGCCACCGCUGGAGGUGUCAUGGUCGCCCUCCUCUCUGGCUGUCGGAACUUCUUAACCCCCGCAUUUGGAGCAGCGUCGGUUCAUUUUGGGGCCCGCCCAGUCAUGAUGUUCGGGAUAGUCCUCUGCUCCGGCGGCCUCUUUGCUUCCUUCUUCUGCGAAUCCGUCGCCUCACUAGCUUUAACGCUGGGUGCCAUGAUGGGUGCUGGCAUGUGUGCUGAGGGGAUCGGCCAAGUCGUCGUCAUGCCGGAGUAUUUCCGUAACAAAAAAGAACUAGCAAAUUCCAUCCGCGUAGCAGGCCACCCUCUCGGGGGCGCCGCCUUCCCAUUCUUCUUUGUUCCGAUCUUCGAACAUUUUGGCCUUAAACUCACCUUCAUCAUCUUAUCAGCUUUGUUCGCGCAACUUGGCGUGUUUGUAUUCUUAAUAAGGCCAUUUUCUGUCCACGUAAAAAUGGCCGAAGUCAAAAAGUUACGAAGGGAAAACGCAAGUAGAAGAUCUUCAAAUUAUCAAAUAACGAUGACCGAUGAUGAAGUACUUCAAGAAAAGCCAAUUAAGGCGAAAAAAUUAGACUUGAAGCUUUUUUCGAAUCCCAUUUAUUUGACACAUAUUUGCGCCAUUGUGGGAUUGUCAGCUGCUCUUCCUCACGCUCAUUAUUUUGUGGCCGUUUACGGUAAAUCAAUCGGAUUCACGCUCGAACAAAACUCUAUUUUACUCGCGUAUCAAUCGGUGUUCGACGGCGUCACCCGACUGAUCCUUGGCUACGUGCUCGACAGAAGAGUCUUCAAAAAGACGCACUGCCUCGCUACGUGCUUGAUUGUGGCUGGUAUUGGUACUACGGCGAUUCCAGCGUCAACCGACUUCUGGGUGGUGCUUUUCAACUUCAGCAUUUUCUCGAUCGGAAGUUCUGGCUACUUCGCCAUAAUCAAUGUCAUCCUCAUCGACCAGUUUGGGGGACACAACGUGGCAUCUUCGUGGGGAUUUAUUCGCAUGAUCCAGGGAGCAUUGAACUUCAUUUACCCUCCCCUACUGGGAUACCUCAUGGAUGUAACGGGCAGUUGCGUUUUGACGUUCAUCAUCAUGGGCAUCGGCAUGAGUUGCGCUGGUCUCUUCAUUGCGUCACAGCCUCUCGUUGCACGGGCUGCUAAGAUCGACAUGACUUUCUACUGAAUGCGUGUGAUUUAUAUGGAUCUCGGAUAAGUGGAUUUAAAGCUGAUAGUCUAUGGUGGUUGCUAAAGAGUUCCGAAGGAACUGGAUACGAAUAAUUCCUUAUGCGUUGUGUCGUUUUUAUUUAUAUCGUCCGUGUAAAUAAUCCUAUAAACGUUAUUAUGACAAUGGCACGGCUUCGUUCUCGCGCCUGCUUCCGUUGGCAUCUUUCUUGUCCGUGCUCAUCGAUGAUUUUAUAAUUCAUCCUCAUCAGAUCCAACGGAAAUUUCUUCUACACAGCUGGUCUUAGUGCCAAGAUUGAAGUCAUCUAGCUAUCCAUACGAGAGAUGCUCCUCCGAAGUAUACUGUGAACGGUUAUACUCUAGAAUCUAGAUUCUAGAAGAAAGCACCAGGAACUUUGCGGUGGAGGUCUUCAAGAUCUUUACCUACUUCAGGUCAAAUAUCACAAGCUCGUCCAUUGAUUCUGACAUCAUAAAUAGGAUCGCCAAGACCACGGCAGUCAUGAUCAAACUAAAUCAGCGAGUUUGGAACAUUUCAAGCGUCAGCGAGAAAAUAAGGCUGAGCGUCUACCUAACCUGCCUACUUAGCAGGACCCUCAGGGAGGCAAGAAAGAAAAUCAACGGCUUCCACAUGAGGUGCCAGCUGCCCGUCGUCGCAACUAUUGUGGUUGAUAUUUUUGUUGCUCUCACUAGGCCUAGGAUUAAUUAGAAGCCUCCCAGUCCUUCCCAUUGGGAUAAGCAUCCUUCUAACUGUGAGUGCGUGUCACUGGGAACUACUUACUCUAUUUUUCUUUCUGUUUCUAUCAUUCUAUUGUACUUACGAGUACACCAUCAUCAUAUACGAGUAUCUGUGUUUUCGCGCUCUCCACUCUCUUGAUCCCUAUGCCUUCUCACGCCAGCCCCCACGACCAUCUGUUGGACCUGGACUCGACGAACCGAUCCCCAUAAAACUUUUUAGGAGCACAAAAUAUCUCGUUGAAAUCUGAGACCUAGCGUUUGGUUUGUCGACGAACUGAGAAAGAUAUAAUAUUGUACGAGCUGAAGCUUCCGGUGUGGGACGCAGUCUCUUCAAAAGUAGAAUGCACGAAACUUGACAGAUUGAAGAUCCACCAUCCACAAAUAAACAUCAGUCCCCUCGACACCCACACAAGCAUGGACAAAAAAAAAACGCAUCAACCACCAAAAAGACGCAACAGUAUACAUUCAAAUACCCUCCACAUUGAUCCUUUUAUCCUCACUUAAGAUAAUUCAUCAUGUCCGUCUUGGUUAAUAAUAAUGUAAAUUGCGAACCUCAACCCACACUCCCAUCCGCCUUAAUCAUAGCCCUUAUUGGUUUCCUCACUUAUCCACUUUUCAACUCUACUUCAUAAACUUACAAUCAACCCAGGUCGUUUCCUACGGUGUUUUCUAUUCAUCCUUCACCAUUCUCACCCCUCCGCGCAACCUCUCGUUUUCCCCUCAUUUUCCUAGUGGCACCGCACCUCUACCAGGUGUCUGCGGCCCAUAAUGCACGACAGGGUCCCAACACCGAGGUUCUGAAGCGACCCAUCAUUAACAGCUUACGUACAAUUCUGAGUGAAAGACGUACCCAGGUGGAUCGGGCAUGUCUGGAGAAUGUUCACGGGCCGCAUCUCCAAAGACCUCCUUUAUAGCGGGCUCAUUGAAGGCCUGAAGCAAGCCGGUGUAAAGGACGUGAAGCAGUGCUUCAUUGAACCCAUUUUGUGGAAGAGCCAAGCGGACGACCGCCUAGCCAUUGUAGCUCUUAGUCAGGCAGAGAGCGCAGGUCAAUUUACCAAUCCUAGAAAAAAAUCCUGGUGGAAGCAAUUACAACGGAUUCAGCCAUCCGCCUUGACCUGGGCUGAUAUUUAGAGGGAUUGCCAUUCUAGAGUCGGCUUACAUGAGCUGCGGGUCGAUCCAACGAUUUUCUAAUCAUGGAAUGCAGCGACGCAUAAUAUUUGGUGAUUAUCUUCUAUGAAGGCGCCUCGAAUGCUAGGAGUUCUGUCCCAGUUAUAAUGUAAUUAUCUUAAAAGACUUUCUAGACAGAUAAUGGUUAUUGUAAUCAGUAGGAGUUUAAUGAGCGAGAUCAGCCUUAUUCGAUAAAUAUAUCAAUAAGUAGUAACUUAUUCUAAAGUGUAAAUAACUUUUCCUGCGGUUAGAAUAUUAGAUUUACAUUCCUUGCUCGCCGUAUAUAAAUGUUGAUGCAAGCCAAUAAUAUAAAUCGACGAUGGUGAUCUUGA